UUAAAGUCUGAGUCACUCCGUAUUACUGGAGAGCCGGUCCGGUGACGCCCGUUUGCUGCAGAGGGAAACCGACUGGCAGAGAGAGAGAGAGAGAGAGGAGGAGGAAUGGAUGUCGAUCUGCCAAUGGACGACAAAGCAAGGAAGAUGAGGGAGUUACUAUCGAGUUUUUACUCGCCGGAGGCCUCGAUCGGCAAGGCCUCAUUGAGAUCGCCCACGGUCGACCCAAUCGACUCCCCGUCCUUUGAUCUUGAUCUCUACAUGACUAAUUUGAUACAGAAGUCAAAUUUGGAGGCUCUCCUUCAAAAACAUGUAGAAAUGGCAGCGGAAAUCAAAAAUCUGGACACUGACCUACAAAUGCUAGUGUAUGAAAACUACAAUAAGUUCAUUGGUGCCACUGACACGAUCAGACGGAUGAAAACAAACAUUGUUGUGAUGGAAUCAAACAUGGAGAAGCUCCUUGAGAAGAUAAUGUCUGUCCAAGCUGAAAGUGAUCGUGUGAAUACAUCUCUUUUUGAAAAGAGAGGUCAUAUUGAGAAACUGAAUCGCACUCGAAGCCUUUUACGUCAAGUUCAGUUUAUAUAUGAUCUUCCAACUCAACUAACAAAAUGCAUCAAAGCUGAAGCUUAUGGAGAUGCUGUGAGAUAUUACACUGGUGCAAUGCCGAUUCUGGAGGCGUAUGGUGAUUCCUCUUUUCAAGAUUGCAAGAGAGAGUCAGAAUCUGCAAUUAGUCAGAUAGUAAAAAAUCUUGAGGCUAGGCUUUCUUCAGAUUCUGAACCAGUGGAAGCAAGGGCGGAGGCUGUAGUACUUCUGAAGCAGUUGGGUUUUCCAGUAGACAGCUUAAAAACAAAACUACUCGAGGAGAAGUUGGACCAUUUCGUGGCUGAACUUCAGAAAGAAACUAAAGAGCACACUCCUGCUUUAGAUGGUCCUGCCAAAGCUGGACGCCUUUCUGAUUCUUCUAGACAGGGUUCUUCAAAAAACAGCAAUGACCAGGCAUCCAUUGGCGAGCUGGCCAAGACAGUUCGUGCUUAUCGAGUGAUUUUCCCUGAUUCUGAAAGGCGCCUCAUAGAAAUAACUAAAGCCCUUUUCUCCAAGCGUUUUGAAGCCACUCAGCAGGACAUAAAGGAGAGUGUUACUGCGUCUGAUCUUCUGACAAUGCUCAGGAUUAUUUGGACUGAUGUGACAUUGAUGGAUGAGGUUUUGCCUGAAGCAGCUCUCUGCAUUUUUUCCCUAGAGGCAAUUCGUUCUGUUGUGAACCAGUAUGUCACCAGCUCAUUCACUCGGCUAUUGCAUCAAGUUUCAGAUCCCCUUUCAAAGAUGGAUAGUAGAGAAAAAGGGGCAAUGCAAGAGAAUCUACUACAGAUUGCUUUGGAGAAUAGCAAAAAGGCUGUGAUGCAAGGAAGCAUGGAUCUCCUAUUGGACUUCCAACAGCUCCUGGAUGACAACCUUGAAUUACUAGCUAAACUGAAAGACUCUAUUGUUGAUUGGGUGCAAGAAGGUUUCCAGGACUUCUUUAAGGCCCUCAAUGAUAGGUCCAUCCUCUUCUGUGGUGGCAACAUACUGACAAAACGUAAAGAUCAGAAAUUGCCUGACGGAUUACAAGGAGACAAGGUUCUUGCAGGACUUGUUCUUGUAAUUGCCCAGCUCUCUGUUUUCAUUGAACAAAGUGCAAUUCCUAAAAUCACUGAGGAAAUAGCUGCUCACUUUUCUGGUGGAAGUACCAGAGAUUAUGAAGAUGGACCUGCAUUUGUACCUACAGAGAUAUGCAGAAUAUUCCGUUCUUCUGGUGAAAAGUUUUUACACCUUUAUGUCAAUACAAAAACACAGAAAAUAUCUCUGCUUCUGAAAAAGCGGAUUACCACACCAAAUUGGAUCAAGCAUAAGGAGCCCAGAGAAGUUCACAUGUUCGUAGACCUGCUUCUUCAAGAGCUGCAAGCUGCAGAAAGCGAAGUCAAGCAGAUUUUAGUUCGCUGCUCAACGCCAAAGCAUCAUCGCUCUGACAGCACUGGUAGUGCAAAUUCCUCUCGCAGUAACCCUCUUCGGGACGAAAAAAUUAGCAGGUCGAAUACACAGCAAGUUCGAAGCCAACUGCUUGAAAGUCAUCUUGCUAAGCUUUUAAAGCAAAAAAUGGAGAUCUUCACAAAAAUUGAGUUUACGCAGGAGUCAGUGAUCUCAACCAUUGUGAAACUCUCCUUGAAAAGCUUUGUACAGUUUGUGAGACUCCAGACUUUUAACCGCAGUGGAUUUCAGCAAAUCCAGUUGGACAUUCAGUUCCUUCGAGCGCCUCUUAAAGAAAUUGCUGAUGAUGAUGCAGCUAUUGAUUUCCUACUUGAUGAGGUCUGUGUGGCAGCUGCAGAACGUUGUCUUGAUCCAAUUCCUCUAGAGCCAGCUAUUUUGGAGAAACUGAUCCAGGCAAAAUUGUCCAAGAGUUGAUCGAUGGAUCUGAUGGUUUGAAAAAUAUCCGAUGCAUUAUUCUGCGGGCCAACAGCUUGUGUGGACCUCUGUCAGAGGAGCUUGGCAGUUCGUUUGUGUUCUCUUGGGUAAUACGGCAUUGAAAACUGAGCUCUUUCCAUCACAUGCUCAUGGUCUUACCGUGCGCAGACCUUGCAGGCAGGUUCUUCUAGAAAUUCAUGAAUAAAAUGUAACUGCCACGUUGUGAUGGGAAAGUCCCAACUUUCUUCUCAAAAUUGAAUUGAGAAGGCUUUUGUUACUUAAUGGGAGAUACUGCUCAAGGAAAAUGUACGUGAUAAUUUCAUAUAUACUUGUAUAGUGCACGCAGUGCUUGUUGGUUGUUCCAGGUUUGUAUAGUUACCGGCUUAGGUUUUUGACAUUGUACAUUCGGGUUAUGGAGCUUGUUAGAAACUUCCAAGGCAGUUCAGUACUAUCUUUUACUGUACUGUGGUGAGUACAUGACAUUUUCUUUCGUUUUUCUUUUCUUUCUUUCUUUGUAUAAACAAGCUAUGGUUGGACCACAUGGCAAUGGCAUAUUGAAUUUCUUCA